UUUUUUUGAGAUAAAAUGGAUCCUUUGAACCCGAGAAAUAAAUUUAUCAAUGAAGAGACUGCUUAUUUGUUCUCAAAUGAGAAAAUUACGAUUACUCGAAACAAAGUAAUAGAGUGCCUGAAUAAUGUUGGUCUUGCUGAGAGCCAAGCAGAAAAAUGUGAAAACAUAUUAAAGAUUCAAGAGCUUUUGAUAUUUCAAGAAAUAGAUUUGUUGGAAGAGUUCAUUGAUGAUAUUCUGGCGUUGGCGCAUGAUACCGGUGCAGAAGUCCGUAAAAGUAUCGCUGCAUUCAUAGAAAAGUUAUGUCAAAAGGAUAUAACCUAUUUGCCAAAAGCGGUGACUGUCCUCUCGACGCUUUUGAGAGAUGAGUCUCCACAGGUAGUGAAACGUGUAAUUCAAGGAUGCUCUUUCGUCUACAAGAACACUCUCAAAUACUUAUGUGACCCUACUACCGACAUAACAGAUGACUUGGAACAGAGUUGGUCGAAACUUUGUAUGAUAAAGAGCCAAAUAUUAGACAUGAUUGACUUUGAAAAUGAUGGAAUUCGAACGAAUGCUAUUAAGUUUUUGGAAGGCGUAGUCAUUUGGCAGACGAGCCCUGGCGAUGAAGAUGAUGACGAAAAGAAAAAAGGUGAUUUUUCAUUAAACAGCAUUCCAAUCACAUUGAAACUGCUAAAACGAAGAAAAUUGGAAGAUGAGGCUAUGAAUAUAUUUGAUUUGCUCCUGAAAUUCCAUGGAGCUUCCCAUAUCUCCUCAGUGAAUUUAAUUGCGUGUACAGGAACGCUGUGUAACAUAGCAAAGGUAAGGCCAGCCUUGUUUACACCGGUUGUUGAAGCACUAAAGACUUUACAUGCUAAUUUACCGCCAACACUCACCAAUUCUCAAGUCAGUACUGUUAGGAAACACUUGAAAAUGCAAUUUCUGAAUCUGGUGAAACAACCAAUGGAUCAAACUACUCAAUCGGAAAUCAUUGUGAUUUUAAAAGAUCUUGGAUGCAACGACUCCGAACUCAAAAGAUGCCUUCCAAGUAGAUCCAAACGUCCGUUAGUCGUAGAGGAUAUGCCAAGUAAACGUCAGCGCACAUUAAAGCAAACCCCCCAAUCUAUGGAGUCUAACGAAGAAGCUUUUAUAAAAGCGACUGCAGCAAAUGAAGCGUUUUUGCUCAGCAAGUUGGAAAGUGUGGAAAAGGUUAUUGAGUUAGUGAUUGCGGCAAUGGAGCAUUUACCUCAAGAAAUGCCUUCAAAUUUCUUAGUAGAUUACACACCGAUAGGAGAAAUGACUGUGUCCGAUCAAAUAAAGAAGACCUGUAAUUUAAUAGCUAAACAAAUGACUACAGCUAAAAUUGGACCGGGGGCAACAUAUCUCACAGUAUCACCACCUUCUCCAAUCAUUGAAGAUCCAAUAACAAAAGCUGAUACAAAAACAGACGAUUCAGCACGGCAGUUAAAAGAAACGCUCGAAAGAAUGAAAGGGCGAGAACAAAUUCUUAAGAAAAAAAUUAAGGUACCAGAAAAAACGCUGCAAGACAUAACCAAACCAUUAAGCACCGAAGCAAAAGAAUCUUUGCUAAACCAGACGGUUUUACGAAUUCUAAAAUAUAAUCCAGAUACGAAAAAAAAUUCUCUAAUGCAAACCAAAAUAUUAGCUGUUAUCGCAUCUACAUUUGGAUCAAAUGUAAAAAAAAUCAUACUUGAUUUCAUUAUUGAAGAUUUUAAAUCGCGAAAUCUAAUUGCCUUGGAUUGGUUAUACAGUGAGUAUUGUUUGCUUUCAGGAUUUAUUAGAUCUCCAUAUACAAAAACAGACCAAACAAAGCCUGAUUCGAGCUAUAAUCAGUUACUUAUUGAUAUUUUAUCAUCAAUAUUAAGCCAUGACAAUUUGAAGGAAAAACAAAAAUUUGUGCAAACUAUAUUUUUGGACGCACCGCUUAUUACACAAGAUGCGCUUAAAAUUCUUGAACAAAUGUGCGAAUUGGAAGAUAUGACCGAAUGUGGCUUAAACAUUAUGACGGACCUUAUCUUUCAAACUCCAUCAAAGAACGUAUUAACACUUUUGUUAACAUUGUCAAUGAGUCGAAAUAACGCAACAAGGUCAGUUGCUGUAGAAAAAAUAAUAAUGGUUUACGACAAAGUGAAUGGAUUUAAGGAGCAUAUAGAGCAAAAGAGUAUUGAGCAAAUGAACAUGGUUAAUGAAAGUAGUCCUCCUUCUUGCCUUGGAGAAGUGUGGACCGAAAAUGAGGUCAAAAUUUGUUUAGCAUUGAUGUUGGAACUUCUUCCACAUAGACAUGAUCUUAUUGAAAAAUUGGCAGAGCUUUACAUAAAAGUGAAUGCAGAUAUUAAACGUACAAUUUUACGAGUUAUAGAAAGCCCCAUUAAGAAAAUGGGACCACACAGUCAGUCUUUGAUUAGUUUGAUUGAGACCUGCAAGCCUGGCAGUGAAACUUUAAUCAUCAGAAUUGUUUACCUUUUAACAGAAUUAGGUCCCCUUGGACAGGAUUUAAUAGAAAAAAUUCGAAAUUUGAACAGAAACAAAGCUGUAUCGGAUGUGCGUCUAUUAAUACCAAUCAUCAAUUCGUUAUCUAAACAAGAAGUGCUCAACAUAUUACCUUCCAUACUUAAACUAAAUCCUGUGGUUAUAAAAGAAGUUUUUGGACGGUUGCUUUCUGUCUCUUCUAGUCCUUUACCACCUGUGGAAUUACUAAUAGCGCUUCAUACGAUCGAUCUAACUCAAAUUGAUCUUAAAUUUGUUGUAAAAGCAUCAUCAUUAUGCUUGUCUGAAAGUGAAGUUUACACACAUGAUGUUUUAGCUGUUGUUCUACAACAAUUGAGUGAAAUGCUACCGUUACCCACGUUAUUUAUGAGAACCGUUAUCCAAUCUCUGUCAUUGCAUCCUCGUUUGUCAGGAUUUGUAAUAAAUAUGCUUCAGAGAUUAGUUAUAAAGCAGAUAUGGAAGCAGCAAAAAGUUGUGUGGGAUGGUUUUAUUAAAUGCUGCCAAAGAUUGGUUCCAGCAAGUUUAGGAGUAAUGAUCCAAUUGCCAGCACCUCAACUAGAUGAAGCGCUUAAACUUUGCCCAGAGCUCCGAGCGCCUCUACUAGAAUAUGCAAAGAGUAUUACUGAAAAUCAAAUUGGAAACGUCUCAGAGCCAAUCAUGAAUAUUUUGAAAGGCAAAAGUUGUGAUAACGCCGAUGAUACUAAUUCAGACAUGUUGCAAAGCGAACCAGAUCCACCAGGAAUGGAGUAAUUUUGACUAAAUUAAUAAAUAGUUCUCACAACAAUUAAAUUUAUGUGAAAAAAGGAAGGAAUAAAUAAUUGACAGUUUUAAGAUUCAAACGAA